AUGGACUUGCCGGCCGCGUUGUCGCCGCUGGCGCUUGAGCACCUUGCGCUGUGGGUGCCGCGGGCGCACGGCGAAGCAAGCUACGGCGCGGACGAGGAGGACGCGGGAGAUGGACCGCACAUGGCCCCGAGCUCGCUCAGGGCGCUGUGCCGGCCGCUCGCCGAUGCGUUGCCGCGCCUGCGGUACCUCGCCCUCGCCGACGCAGAGGCACCCGUUGUUCUUCCGGACACGGAUCCGUACUUCCAGGAGGCGGGUCUCUCUGCGCCCCGAUAUUCGUGGUUCCGGAUCACGGAUAGAGAGGGCAGUGUGCGGGAGAUUGAGAAGAUGUGGGCUGAAGAUGGAGAGCGGGAAGCGGAGGACCACUACCUACUCUUGCGUGUCAUACAUACAUACCAGAAUGGGGAGAAGGACCCCUUACCGCUCUGGCCCCUUCCGGGGUCCCUGCUGGGCAACGUGACUGAGCAGGCGAUGAGCUCCUAA